ACAUCUCUGAAAAGAUGUGUCUUCUUCCUCUUCUCCUGCUGACCUUUCUCCUGUCCCCCAGAGCUGAAGCUGGGGAGAUCAUCAAUGGCAAAGAGUGCAAGCCACACUCCCGCCCCUACAUGGCCCACCUGGAGAUUGUCACCUUCCAGGGCUACCUGGCAACCUGCGGGGGUUUUCUGAUAAGACGGGACUUUGUUCUGACGGCUGCUCACUGUGCAGGAAGGUCUAUAACGGUCACCCUUGGAGCCCAUAACAUAACCAAGAAAGAAGACACAUGGCAGAAGUACAAGGUGGCACAACAAUUUUGUCAUCCAAAAUAUGUUACCUUGCAGAAUGACAUCAUGUUACUAAAGUUGAAGAAGAAAGCCAAACUGACCCUGGCCGUGGGUGUACUCCCUCUUCCGUCCCAAUUCAACUUUAUCCCGCCUGGGACGAUGUGCCGGGUGGCUGGCUGGGGAAGGACAGGAAUAGACGAACCAGGGUCAGACACUCUGCAAGAGGUGAAGCUGAGACUCAUGGAUCCCCAGAACUGCAGCUACUUUCCGCAUUUUAACCACGAUCUGCAGCUUUGCGUGGGCAACCCCAAGGAGACAAAAUCUGCAUUUAAGGGAGACUCUGGGGGCCCUAUUCUGUGUGCCGGGGUGGCCCAGGGCAUUGUCUCCUAUGGAAGUCAUGAUGCAAAGCCUCCUGCUGUCUUCACCCGAAUCUCCCAUUACCGGCCCUGGAUCAAUCAGGUCCUGGAAGAGAACUAACCCUGGUGGCUUAGGCCAGCCUGAGAGCAAAGUCGGAACCAGACCUGGGCCAGGAUCCCUGUGCCACUCAGUCGGGGACUGCCCCUGGUUGCUGCUGAAGUUCUGCCACCUCCGAGAGCCUCGGGAAGUCU